UCCCUCACCCACACUCCGGUACCAGGUUCAGUUGCAUACGGUUUAGAAAGACGGGCGACCGCAGUUCAGGCAGUUCCACUUGUCGCAUCCAUAAAGACGGACAUACCACAUAUAUCAAAUGUUUUAUUGAUUUUGGAAACGUGCUCAUCAUCUAACAUUGUUAUCAACAAGACAUUCCACCCCCCAAAGUUGCGUACCCUAACUAACCAAACAUCAUCCGGUUGAGCCAUGUGCAGAGUUUGAAUUACGAGAAGACCCGCGUUUUUAUUUAUGAUGCUGCUGCCCACUGCGACUACCCUAACAUUCCAACAAGACUUCUAUUACAGUGUAGCAGAGAGAACCAAGUUUUUUGCAUCGAAAUGCAGAAGUCUGAGUCCUUCUCUGAACACUAAAGAUUCUAGUCCCAAGGGGAAAUUCCGGUUCUCCGCGUGCACCAGCUCCAGAAGGUCCAAUAAAAAGAACAACACUAAGUGGUACAUAAAGCAGCCCACAUGGCGUUUGUGGGGAGAGGAGAAGGCAGAUGGGGCUCUAUACACGGUCUACCUCAAGAAGGUUCGCUAUCAUCGGCCUACGAGAAGUCUCUCAUCCUCCCAUUCUGAUUCAGAUGAUGAAAUAUCACAUUUAGAAUGGGAGACGGUGCGAGUGCGUUUUGUCAAAGCAGGAACUUUGAAAAGACUCGUAGAGGCAUUGGCAACCGAUGAUGGCGAACUCGAAACCACAUACAUAAACGUAUUUUUAGCCACUUACCGUAGUUUUUCAUCACCAAAGGAAGUUCUGAGACUGCUCCUGCAGAGGUACGAGGAGCUCGCAGAUCCGCCAGAAAAUGGCAAGCCCGAUCACCAUGAACAGCACAGAAAGACGCUUAUCUCUGCUCUGCAUGUGUGGCUAGAUAGUUACCCGGAGGAUUUCAAAGAGUCUCCACAUCAUCCAGCGCUUAUACAGUUGGUGAAUUUUUGCGAGAAAUAUCUGCCAGCCACCGAAUUAGAAGCCAAAGUACGCCACAGAUUGGACCGAUAUAGUAGAGAGCAACCACCUAAAAUAACAGAUACCUUACUUAUACCCCCAGCCACAUUAGCUUUACGUACAGCAGUGCCCGAAUGGAAAUGUUACCGUUUACCGAACGUUCCGGUGAGGCACUUUGCGGAGCAACUAACGAGAAUGGAUGUGGAUCUUUUCAAGAAGUUGGUCCCACAUCAAUGCCUUGGAGCCGUGUGGUCGAGAAGGGACAAGAGCAGAUCCCACGAGGCAGCCACAGUCUUGGCCACCGUGAAUCAAUUCAACGCCGUCUCCUUCCGCGUUAUAUCAUCAAUUCUAGUCGAACCAGGUCAUAAAGCUCUAGACAGAGCUUUCAUAAUUAUUUGUUGGAUCGACAUAGCACAGGAGCUGCGUGUACUGAAAAACUUCUCCAGUCUGAAAGCCAUAAUCAGCGGUCUACAGAGCAACCCCAUCUAUAGAUUACAGAAGACCUGGGCGGUUGUUGCCAAAGAGAAGAUCGAACUUUUCGACGAAUUGGCGCGGAUAUUCAGCGAGGACAACAAUCAGUGGGCUCAAAGAGAAUUACUCAUGAGAGAAGGUACUGCGAAAUUUGCAGACACCGUCGGCGAAAAUGAUAAGCAAUUGCAAAAGAUUUUCCAACGUCAGAAUAAUCACAGUGCGAACAUCAGUUUCGGAACAAUUCCUUACUUGGGCACGUUCUUAACGGACCUAACCAUGAUAGAUACAGCAAUUCCCGACACCAUUUCGGAUGGACUCAUAAAUUUUGAUAAGCGCCGGAAGGAGUUUGAAGUCCUAGCUCAAAUCAAAUUGCUGCAAGGCGCAGCAAACGCGUAUAAUCUAAUUGGGGACAUCGUCUUCGAUCGAUGGUUCGACUCCAUCUUGGUCUUGGAUGAUAGGGAGGCAUACCAAUUAAGUUGCCAAAUUGAACCCUCCCAAAAUAAUCAUGUCAGUAAAGUGAAGAAGAAAAGUUCUGGACACCAGAAGAACGAUUCCAUCGCGAGUAACUCAAGUAGUAACAGUUCUCAAUUCUACUGCGACAUAGACAGUAUGCCCAGUUCGCCUCACAACAGUAUCGAAAGGAAGCUAAGCCCUUCGCAAAUGUCGAAUUCCAGUUCCAGCUCAUCACUGCCCUCACUGGAUGUAUCUUUGAACAGUUCACAUUCUGGAAGAGAUAACAAACUUCAGGUACCUUUAAAUUCGUCAGGAACUUUAAGUCCGAGUCAUUCGCAGAAGAGCAGUCCAGAUUUUUAUGUUAUAAAGGUGACAUUUGAAACAAAUUCAGUGGAAACAGAAGGAAUCGUAUUAUACAAGAGUAUUAUGUUGAGCAAUAACGAAAGGACGCCGCAAGUAAUCAGAAACGCAAUGUACAAAUUAGGGCUCGAAGGAAAUCCAGACAAUUAUACUUUAGCUCAAGUAUUGCCAGAUAAAGAGAUGAUUUUGCCGCUGAAUGCAAAUGUGUAUUACGCCGUGAACACAGCAUACAAUUUAAAUUUUAUAUUGAGGCAGAAGAAACCUGAAGAGGCAGAGAGCAACGGCAAAGCUGCAAAGAGCAAAAUAAAAUUAUAACAUCGCAAAUUAACAAUGAUUCUAUUGUAACAAAAAUAACAACUGUGAUAAGUGAACUACUUAAUACUCUAAAACAAAAAAUACAUCACAAUUUAUUUAUUUCGUAACAAAAAAAAAUAAUAAUGCAAGAAACCAGAAGCAACAUGAAAAUGUCCAUGUCAAUUAUAACAAAAUAUUUUUUUUUUCUGUAAUUCAAAUAUAGUAUUUAUUUUUGUAGCACAAUUUUGAACUGAUUUCCUUUAUUAAUUUAGUAAUAAAUUGUGUUUUAGCCUUAUAUCUCUUAAGUAGGCAUACAUUUUUUUGUGCUAUUUUAUAUAUGUAAAUAAUAAUUUAUUAACUAAU